AAAGCGAGCUGUUUGUUUACACGGGGAGCUACUUCCCUGCCCCUUGGAACUUCGGCAAGCAGGGGAGAGGAUCCGCGCGGGGGCGGGGCCGCCGGAAGUUCCGCCCCCACGGAAGUGCGCCCCGCCCUCUCGGUGGGAAACUGGGUCUGGCGUCGUCCUAGGCCCGCUGCAAGGGAGAAAGCGCGGAGCCCAGGCUCCUGCGACGUGAGGGAGGUGGAGAACCUUGGUCUCCGAAGAAGGGGCCUGAGAGACAACCUAUGCUCUUCCAGAGGAGUUCUUCCAACUCUUUAGAUGAAAUAUAAGGAAAAAAUGCAGACAAGCAUGGAAAGUGAGGACACAAAGAAAAUACAAGAAAUGAAGACUGAUCUGAACUUAUUAUUGGAGUGCCUGAAAUAUCAAAUGGACAAUGCUUUUUCACAAAAGGAAGCUUUGGUCACUAUUCAUUCAAUUUGCCAACAAAACAGUAAUGCGUGUGUUUAUUUUCGGGAAAUUGGUGGUUUGACGUUUGUAAAAAAUCUUGCAAAGUCAAGUGAACAUAGUAUGGUAAAAGAAGCGGCCUUAUAUAUAUUAGGAGCUGUUGCAGAACAAAAUGGGACUGGACAGACACUUGUGAGAGAAACAGGUUGUAUUUCAGUUCUAUCACAGUUGUUCAAGACAGUUCUUUCAAAAUAUGAGUUGAAUUUGUCAGAUAAAAAUGUUUUCCAGAAUUAUCAGUUGUGGUCUUCAGUGUGCAGUACUCUGUGUGUCUGUGUCAACAAUCCUCAAAAUGAUGAAAAUCAAAUGCUUUGCUGUUCACUUUUUCCACAUGCUAAUGACUGGCUAAUAAACUGCCUGAAACCUGAGAUAAUUCGCCCUAUUUGCUCAUUUAUUGGACUCACUCUUGCAAACAACACAUAUGUUCAGAAAUACUUUAUGUCUGUGGGUGGACUGGAUGUAUUGUCUCAAGUUCUUGUUCAACUGGAGUCUGAUUCACACAAGACCAUUUCCAGUGCUAAACUUGCAGUGGUGGUGACAAAGACUGUGGAUGCAUGUAUUGCUGAUAAUCCUACUUUGGGGGUAGUACUAUCCAAGUACCACAUUGUUUCAAAACUUCUGGCACUACUGCUUCAUGAAAGUCUGGAUGCAGGAGAAAAGUUUAGCAUCAUGCUUACUCUUGGUCAUUGUACAGAGGAUUGUGAGGAAAAUCAGUAUGACCUUUUUAAAAACAAUGGGCUUCCACUCAUGAUACAAGCUUUGACUGAAUCUCAGAAUGAGGAACUAAACAAAGCUGCCACUUUUGUGCUUCACAACUGCAAAAAAAUUACUGAGAAAUUAUCUCUAAGUCUAGGAGAAUAUUCUUUUGAUGAAGAUAAAGAACAAUUAAAGAACAUAAAUAUGAAGGAAAAGAAUCUUGAAGAUUACUGGAAGAAAGCAAAGGAAAUUCUACACAGAAUAGACCAACUUGAAAGAGAAGGAGAUGAGGAAAAAAUGCAAAGAGAAAAAUAUAAGGAUAAUGUUUCCUCUAUGAACAUAAAUAUUCAAAAUACGUUGAAACACCUCCAUGCAGAUAGAAGUGGUGGCGGUCCCAAAGCAGAAGAUAAGGAUAAAAGCCAGUCUAGAAAGCUUCAGGGUUAUAAGUGCCAUGAAGUCAUGUCUAAAGCAUGUACAAAUGAUGAUCAAAUGAAGACCCUAUUAAAGAGUGCAAAUCCUGUUAAUGCUUGUUAUAGGGAGAGUGGGCAAAAUAAGACCUUAUGUAAAGCUAUUUCAAGCUGCAAUCAAAAUUCCCAUGAAGGACCAACUUCUGAAAAAAAGAAUUUUGUUUCUCAAUCCAGUGACCAUAUUUUUAAACAUCCAACUCCUACUGCCAAGAACACAAAACAGCAGCUACCAGUUACAGAUCCAUUUAUGCUAUGUUCAGAUAUAAUAAAUAAAGAAGUCAUCAGUUUUCUAGAGACAGAUAAUUGUUCCCAAAAGUUGAAGUAUAGAUGUUCAGGUUGUAUAGCAAUAGGAAAAUCCCUGAAUAGCCGAAAUUUUAGCAAGGUCUUGCACUCUUGCCCAUACCAAUGUGAUCGUCACAAAGUCAUUGUGGAGGCUGAAGACAGAUAUAAAAGUGAACUAAGGAAAUCACUUAUCUGUAACAAAAAAAUCCUGCUGACCCCACGUAGAAGACGGCAACUCACUAAUGAAUCUUCUACCCCUGGAGGAAUAAUUAUGGAGCCCUUUGGGAAGACUCUAUCUGUAAGAUAGGUAAGCUGUUUAUUAACUGUCAUCACAGGAAUGUUGAGAGAAUUAACAGUUGAAUGUUGUAAAAUUUUGUGUUUUCUUGAGUGAAGGAUUUUGCAAAUAUUACAAUAGGAUUAAGUUACCUUAUUGAAGAGAUCACAGGGAUAGCAUCUAAUGCUUAAUCAUAGGCACUCAGUUUUUUUAAAAAUUGAAGGGGAUUUCUAUAUGAUGAGUAGCCAAGGCAUGGAGCUUUCUUAUUGUGUAGUCCAUAUCUUUAGCAUAAUUUAAGUACUUUUUUGCGUCUCAAGAUUUUUUUCCAGCAAGUAUUAAUAUAUUCUUCAAUUUUCAUUAAUUACAGAAAAAAGAAGAGCUCGUAAAAAUUUUACAAAAGAAGAAGUAAAUUACCUUUUCAGUGGAGUUAAGAAA